AUGCCUUCAUCCUCCCCUCAGGGCACUCCAGAGCGCUCACAGAAGAAGCGAGAUCGCGAUCCAGACACCGACGAAUCAGAUAGCAAAAAACGCCGAAGGAAGGAAAGGAAGGAGAAGAAGAAGGAGAAGAAGAAGGAGAAGAAGGAGAAGAAGAAGGAGAAGAAGAAGGAGCAGAAGAAGAACGAGAAGUCCUCCCCUUCCUCGUCUCGCAAAGAGCAGAAAAGCCUCCAGCCUAUCCCAGAAGAGAUAGAAGAGACACCCCCGCCGCAGUCGUCGUCUUCCCGGAAGCAUCCCCGAGUGGUUUCAAGCUCCCAACAGCACUCGUCACCGCCCCCUCAGCACUCGUCAACGUCUCCUCAGCAUUCGUCACCGCCCACUCGGCACUCGAGACUCUUCCGAAAAGAGUGGGAAUCAGUGCAAUCUGAAGUCGAGUCCGACAGCGAAGGUUCCGCAGCAGGCACAGCAGCAGGCCCAGCAGGCCCAGCAACACACUCCGUAAAGCACUCAGCAGCACACACAGCAGCAGGCCUAGCAGGCCCAGCAACACAUUCCGCAAAGCGACCAGCAGCAGGGACAGCAGCAGGCCCAGCAGCAGGCCCAAAACCCCAAAGAGGACGAGCACUUCAACGAGUCUCCAGCACUUCCCCAGAAUUGGGCAGCUCGCCGCCACAACCGUCGGCCCCUGUCCGUAGAACCGUACUCCCAGUUCGUGCCCCUGCUCCAGAAGCAGUCGCCAGUGCUUCACAGAGCUCUCAAUCCCGACGUCGCCGUCGGCUACCAAUACCUAGUUCCCCUCCACCGGCAGAGCAGAGGCAAAGCCGCAGAGAUCGUGCCCCAGAAACUCCCCCUUGUGCCCCAGAAACUCCCCCGCAUGCUCAGGUAGCAUACGCCAGUCCCCCAGAAGCAUACCCCAGUGCUCCAGAAGCAUCAUCCCCAAUCUCUCAAGCCCGAUACACCGGCAAAAUGACUCAGGCAAACACAGCAAAGAUGCCUCAAACGGACAUGCAGAACACCGGUUGGGUCAACAAAACCGUUUCCGGAGCAGCAGCGUUCAAUGCUCUAUGCCUCCAUGUGUUGAACAUACGCCCUCUCAGUGGUUUCCUGCCUAUGUGGAACGGAGGCGAUUCCGCAACCCGCAGAGCACUCGCGGACGCUUUGAAGUGGCUCAUCGCUGAUGUUGGGCAGAAAGAAAAGCUAUCAAGGGGGCAGGGAAAUCGCGAGUAUAAAGAAGUUGCUGACGAUAGCGAUGAUGAUGAGGACGGUGGUCUGCCCACCCAACGCUCUAAGAAGCGUAAACGGGACCCAGUGUCUGCAUCAGGAAACUGA